AUGGGAAUCGUCUGCCUCGGUGCUUCCUCCACGCUGCUCUGCGAGGAGGACAGGAGCAACGCACUCGGCCUCGUCGGCUGCUGCGACGAGCUGGUGGAGGUGGGGAGCGUCCUUGAUGGCUUGGACUCCGCCGCCGGCGCCGUGUUCCCUGUGGACACCGUCACCGAUGAGGCCGUGUCGGCGUUGGUGGCGAAGGAGGUCCUGGCCGCCACGCCGUCGCCGUCGUGUAAGGUGCGGAGCGUGGCGUUCGACUUCGCCGUCACCGGGGACGACGCGCGGCGCGGGGUGGCGGCCGCCAUGGAGGGCCGCGACGUGGGCGUCCUCGUCAACAACGCCGGCGUGACGUACUUGUGUGCCGCCUACUUCCACGAGGUGGAGGCGUCCGUGUGGGAGGCCGUGGCACGGGUGAACGUCGAGGCUGCGGCGGGCGAGUGCAAGGAAAUGCCUAAUCAAGUACCCAUUAUUUGCAACAUUCAGCAAGCUUUCAGUGAUGAUCAGGGGCCGAAGGAGCAGGCCACUGAUGAUGAGGAGAACGACAACUGGGAGCUCCCUGCAGGAGAGUUGCCUUCUUACAGCUACAGAGAAAAUGACAUUUCUACUGUUUGGAAAAUAGGAGUUAUCAUGGGAACUGACAUACUAUCUACAGAUGGCAGUCCAUUGAGGUUCACCAAGCUGUACGAUGCAAUCAUGGACGACCAGAAGACAACUGAAGUGAUGAAGAAGUGCAACAACAAGGGGCCUCUCACAAGAAAUGAAGUGUGA